AUGGCUGUCUAUCCCAUCAUGGUCUCAGCGGUUGAACCUCCACCUCUCCCUCAGCAGAGCACACAUAUGGCAGCAUCGACAGAACAAGCCACUGAAGGUCUGAGAUCGGUCAAUCUGUCAGCCGAGACAGCCCAACGAGUUCCUCGUGGCGCAUCUGUCACCCUUACAGUACCUCUGGACGAGACACGCCAACCGCGGGCUCUGGGAACUGGGCUAGGGGGAAUACCUGCCUCUCGGCAAGUGCACACUACAUAUGGUCGGAGCGAGCCGAUUCGCCGCGACAGUCUUAAACGUCGUGAGGCACUCCUCAAGGGGAAAGAAGGUAGCCGUCAGCGACGCAGGUGGGAGAAUGAUCGUCUAAUGAACAACCCUUGGGCUCAGCCGCCUCUUCCAAGUGACUGGGAAGUCCAACCAACCUAUCCUAGGCAUGCAGUGCCGUACUAUUUGGCGCCGUUGUGGGACGCAGAGGCCUUCGAGAAACGCAUCGAAAGAAAGAUGAGAGGGAGAAAACAGGGACGAAGAGCUGGCAUUGGUCCAGUUGAGGAAGCUGCCUCAAAUGUACCCAAGGAGGUUCGUGCCAAGCUCAAGCACGCCCGAGCUGCCAAGGGCCUCUUACAAGACUUGGAAGAAGAGGUCAGAAUCUUCUUGCAGAAAUGGAACGAGAAGGAAACAAGGUCGCUCGAAGAUGGUUUACAUGAUGUGGACUCAGAAGAGGAGGAAAUUGUCUUCAUUGGACGAAAUGGCCAAAUGCAUGAUUGUCCAACCCGAGACAAAGCUUUCAAGGACCUUCAUCGAGACAAGUUGGUGUUCGAUGGGUUGGCAGAUGAUCGUGGAGCCAGCUUUGGUCGUUGGCUUGUGCAUUCCAUUGCAACUUACUAUGGCCUUCGAACUUGGUCAAUAACCGUGGGUGAUCCUGCUAGACGUGAGGCAUAUGUUGGCCUGGGCGACCAAAGAUUUGCCUCCCACUCGGACACAAUGCUCGAGUUGCCCAGGCCCUUAUGGGGUAUGGUCUAA